CAGGAGAUGAGGAUAACAGUUCCUUUAAGCAUUCUUCAUACUACCUUGGAAUCUCACAGGGAUCAGUGCGAUGGAGCUACCCUCUACUAGCCAUUCAACAGAAAGAAGAAAGGUGUGGAUUCAAUAACCCCAUCACCAUCAUCAGGCAACUAAGAAGAGUUCUGCUUGUCAAUGGCAUGAAGAAUAAAGAUGCAGCGAAGAAAGAUCAAAGAAGAUGGCAACUUGAUCCCUGACGAGCUAAAUGCGAAUGAGAACAAUUAUGGGAGCCUAAGCACAAUAAACUCUAUCGAGAUCUCCCAGUUGAAUAAGCAAAAAUCGCUGGGCCAUUCUGUUCGCAGCACUCCAAACUUCUUCAGUGAUGGAAAUACCAGGAUAGACUUUGUUCUUGCAUGGGAAUCAGAUCAUCAGGAUUUGGAGGAGCAAACUGGAAAACAUGAGACUCAGACUAAUAAGCGAGGAAAAUCAGUUGAUAUGCAUAGAAUGUGGCGGCAAAGUUUUCUGAAUAAACUCCAGAAGGUGGGGUUGCGAAUGGAAACGCAUGUAGCUCAGAAUCCAAAGAAGCUGGUGUACUUUGUAUUGCUGAAUGCCCCCUGGAGUGUGCUUUGUUAUUAUGCUGAGGAUCUUCGACUGAGGGUUCCUCUGCAGGCUGUACCCAAUCAGGCAGUACUUAACUGGUCUCACAGACUUCUGAUAAAACUGGGCAUCCCUAGUAUUCUCUACGAUGAGGUUCCAGACCUGCCCUUGGAUUACUACACCUGCCAUUUUAAGGCAAACAAAUUACCAUGGUUUCUUGGGAGUAAUCACCAUGAAACUUUCUUCAGCAGCACACAACGGCACAGAAUACUGUAUGAGAUUCUGGCCACCACAACAUAUGGCGAUCCAAAGGAAGGGCAUGUUGGAGUGGAAAGACUGCUGAAUGAAGAAGUCUUCUCAGCUGCGUUUCCACUGCAUGAUGGUCCUUUCAGGAUGCCAUCAGACAAGCUACCCCCCAAUGAAAUGAAUCAGAGGCAGAUUCUUUUCCAUUAUUGGGCACAGUGGAGAAAGUGGAAAAAAUACCAGCCUCUGAAUCACAUUCGCAGGUACUUUGGAGAGAAGAUUGCACUCUACUUUGCCUGGCUUGGUUUCUACACUGGAUGGCUCUUUCCAGCAGCUAUAGUGGGAACUAUAGUCUUUCUAAUUGGCAUCUUUAUGAUGUUUGAUGACAUACCUGCAGAGGAAAUCUGUAACAGUGGUGGUAAAUACCAGAUGUGCCCACUCUGCAAAUCCUGUCCAUACUGGAACAUCUCCACAAUUUGCCCAAUGUUCAAGGCAGGUCGCCUCUUUGACCAUGGUGGAACUGUUUUCUUCAGCAUCUUCAUGUCUCUCUGGGCAGUCACAUUCCUUGAGUACUGGAAGCGAAUGAAUGCCACCCUGACAUACCGCUGGGAUUGUUCAGAUUUUGAAGAUAUUGAGGAACGACCACGGCCCCAGUUCACUGCCAUGGCUCCCAUGACAACUAAAAAUCCAAUUACUGGAGAGGAUGAGCCAUAUUUCCCCAGGCAGAACCGUUUCAAUAGAAUUGUUGCUGGAUCAAUGGUCAUCAUCAUGAUGAUUGCUGUAGUGGUGAUGUUCCUGAUUUCCAUCAUCCUUUACCGGGCGAUCAUUGCCGUGGUGGUGUCCAGGUCUGGAAACUUCCUCGUCGUGGCUUCAGCCUCUCGUAUUGCCAGCAUCACAGGCUCAGUGGUGAACCUAAUCUUCAUCCUCAUUCUUUCCAGAAUUUACCUUGCCCUGGCACACUUUCUUACCAAGUGGGAAAUGCAUCGCACUCAGACCAUGUAUGAAGAUGCUUUUACCUUUAAGGUGUUUGUCUUUGAAUUUGUCAAUUUCUACUCUUCUCCCAUCUACAUUGCAUUCUUCAAGGGCAGGUUUGUAGGCUAUCCAGGACACUACAACAAAUUGCUUGGCAUCCGCAAUGAGGAUUGUGGACCAGGUGGCUGCCUCAUUGAACUUGCUCAGGAGCUGCUUGUCAUCAUGGUAGGAAAGCAAAUAAUUAACAAUGUGCAGGAGAUCCUCAUCCCGAAAGUGAAAGCUUGGUGGCAUAGGCGGAAUCUCUCAAAAAAUAAGUGGAGUAAGGAAGAUCCAGAAGGUCUCAUGAAUCCACUCUGGGAGAGGGAUUAUGAACUGCUGCCCUAUGAGGGGUUGUUUGCGGAAUACCUGGAAAUGGUGCUGCAGUUUGGUUUCAUUACGAUCUUUGUGGCUGCCUGCCCACUGGCACCUCUCUUUGCCUUACUCAACAACUGGGUGGAAAUACGCUUGGAUGCCCAGAAGUUUGUCUGUGAAUAUCGGCGGCCAGUUGUGGAGCGGGCCCAAGGCAUUGGCAUCUGGUUCAAUAUUCUGGAGGUCAUCACGCACCUGGCAGUUAUCAGCAAUGCAUUCCUGAUUGCAUUUACCUGUGACUUCCUCCCUCGGCUGUAUUACCAGUACACUCGUGCCAGCAAUUUACAAGGAUAUGUUGAUUUCACCUUGGCCUAUGCCCCCAAAUCCUUUGUCUUGGAGAACAAUGCUACAUGCAGAUACCGAGCAUAUAGAGAACCUAGUGGCAGGUAUUCACUAGUUUACUGGAAUCUACUGGCAAUCCGCCUUGGCUUCAUAAUUGCCUUUGAGCAUGUAGUUUUCUUCAUUGCACGCCUGAUAGAUAUGAUGGUGCCUGAUAUCCCAGAAACAGUGGCAAUAAAGGUGAAGCGAGAACAGUAUCUAGCAAAGCAAGCUCUAGCUGAAAAUAAGGUUCUGGUUGAGGCAAUAGAACCAACCUCCAUUGCACAGCAGUUGGGCCCAUAAUGGAGAGGCUGAAGUCCCAGAGAAAAUGCUGAAAUCUGUUUCAUCCCGGCCAAGACACUGAACAACCAGAUGAGGCUUCACGAAAACAGAGGCUGUCAUGAUGGCUGUUUUUGGAGUUAAACAGGCUCCAACUGCCAUGCCUUCAGUGCUUGAAACCUUUUAAGGCCUCAGGAAUUUUGCCUGCCCACUUAUCACUGCAGCUGGGUAAAGUAUUACAGCAAUAGCAUUACAAGACAUGGACUGAUCGAUUAAUCCCAACAGCUCAGGUUUUGACUUUACUGUUGCUGCAUCAGGGAGGAGCUGUCAGUUGCCUUCCUCAUAGGAGUCUGAAGAAAGGUUGCAGAAAUCACUACGUGUAAAGAUAUCGAACUCUUAGGAGUGAGGAUUGACAAGUACUAUUCUCCACUCUUCUUUAUUAGUGAAGGGAGGGCUAAAGUGCAAUACUGGAAUUAGGUGACAGGAUCAAUAAAGAAACUUCUCGUAUGUGAAAGAGGAUUCCAGAAAGUGCACUCCAGGACAUGUAGCUUCAUUUGAGAAUAAGAGCUGCUUCCUUCAUUCUCAGCCUAUGCUGGAGCUCAGCCAAGGAAUCUGGCUGUAGCAGGGCUGAUUACCAGCUUGAUUGGCAAGUGCACAGUCAUCCUUGCAUCUGAUAGCCAGCUUAAUCGAAGUGCCUAUCUGCCCCUAAUGGAAUUAAGAGCUUGCGCUCCUCCACCCAGAAAAGCCUGAUCUGACCUUCUCUCCUCCUGAAGCAAUAUAUGACUGUAACAAUUACCUUCUAUUUCUCCACAUAUUUAAGCACCAUGCUAAAAGCCCAGAGACUUUGAUUGUAAUCAUGCUUGAAUGGUAUUCCUGAGAACUGGACAGAAGCUGUCAUGCAUUUAAUUCAAAUAGGGGGGAAAAGAAAGUCCUAGAAGAACUUUAUUAGGAUUAACAGUUGUUCAGAACUUCACUGGGAAAGUCAGGCAAGGACCAUGACUGAUUUGUAAAGUUAAUAUACAGAAAAUAAAAGCAAAUAGUCAAAACUGU